AGCCUCAAAUCCUUUAAAUGCAGAGAGUGACUCUCAUGAAAGGAGUACAAGACACUUGUCAUCUCUUCCAUUCCAAACAAGAAGAAAAGAAGGGGGACACAUUGCUCUUCUCUUCUCCCACUAAAAGGUGAAUUGCAUUUGGAUAUCAAGAAAUCAAGUGGGAUAACUUGAUCUUGUUAGAUUCUAAUAGGUAUUGGAUGAUUUCAGCCAUGAGUUCAUAUAUCAAUUUCAAGAACUGUGGUCAGAUGGCAGCAAAUUCGCCGUUGACACAACAAUCUUCUAUAUAUGCGUUGACUUUAGAUGAAUUACAAACCACAUUGGGUGGAGGUGGGAAGGACUUUGGAUCAAUGAAUAUGGAUGAGCUUUUAAAGAACAUUUGGACUGCUGAAGAGACUCAAUCAUUGACAUCAAGCUCAAGAACGCUUAGCCAGAAAACCGUGGAUGAAGUUUGGAGGGAGUUGCAUAAAGAAAAUGGUGGUCAUGGUGGAUUUGGAGAGGUGGGUUUGAUCAAAGAAGCAGACUUGCAGCCACAACAGAAGCAACCAGCUUUGGGUGAGAUGACAUUAGAGGAAUUCUUGCAGAAAGCAGGGGUAGUUGCGGAAAAACCCCAAAUUCAACCAAAUGGAAGGCAUUGGAACGAUGGGCUUUUUGGUGAUGAUGGAAGUGGUUUCGCUUUUGGGUUCAAAAACCCGAAUCAGAAUCAAAGGUUCCAUCAACAAACAGUUGUGAUAGAGGGUAAAAAUGAAGUGGACAAUUUGCAGGGUGUUAGAUCUUCACAACCACCAAAACCACCCAAACUUUUCCCCAAGCAAGCUGCUUUCAACUUCAGUUCUUCACAAGUGAAUAAUGCUCAGUUGGGUAAUUCGAUUAAUGGAGUUUCAGUAAUUGGAAAGACGGAUCAUCUAAUAAAUACGAGCAUGGUUCAAGCUAAGGCAGUUGGGGGGCAUAUGUCAAGAUCUCCACCGGAUUUGUUCCCAAACAGUAAUUUGGAUACAUCUCCAUCACCACCGGCUUAUGGGUAUGGUGAAGGUGGUGUGCAGGAAAAGAGAAGGGGCGGUCCGUUGGAGAAAGUGGUGGAGAGAAGGCGGAAGAGGAUGAUCAAGAACAGAGAAUCAGCGGCAAGGUCAAGGGCUCGGAAACAGGCGUAUACAUUGGAAUUGGAAGCAGAAGUUGCAAAACUUAAAGAACUCAACCACGAGUUGCAGAAGAAGCAGGAAGAAAUCAUGGAGUCACAGAAUUUUCAGAUGCCGGAGAAGAUGAAGUUGUGGGGGAGUAGAGGAUUAUGCUUACGAAGAACGUUAACAGGACCUUGGUAGAGAUACAAAGGAUGGAUCCGAGUAGAAAUGACGAAAUGUACAACUUUUAAUGCACGAUUUGAAGAUUACGGGUUGGAUUUGGUGAUUUCUACUCUAGAUAUAAGGAUGGAUUUGAGUGUUUGUAGUGUAUAUACAUGUGAUUUUUGAUCUUGUUUCUCUACACAUGGUAAGGAAGUGGUUGUGUAUGUACAUAAACCAUAUUAACAACAUAUAUAAACUUAUGGAUGUAAAAUUAUGAUUCCUCUAGGUACCCUAUUUUCUUAGGCCUUUUGUAGUUUGAUUGCUCGAUGGCGAGAUCAAA